UACUCGCUGGGAACUGACUAGAGGAACGGAAAAUGGCGGAUCUCGAAGACGUUACGCUGGACGGGAGACCGCUCCAGUCGCUCCGCGUAGCAGACCUUAAAGCGGCUCUGGAAGAGCGGGGGCUGUCGAAAAGCGGACAAAAGAAUGCUCUCGUCAAAAGACUUAAAGGGGCUCUCAUGCUGGAGAAUUUGCAGAAAACCUCUACUCCACAUGUUGGACUGCAGCCUAACUCUCAGAUUGGUGAGGAAAUGAGCCAGAACAGUUUUAUCAAACAGUAUCUGGCCAAGCAGCAAGAGCUCCUGAGGCAGCGUCUUGAGAGAGAGGCCCGUGAAGCAUAUGAUACAAAUGAGCAAGAGGUCCACACACAGGUUAACAACAGUACGCCAUGCCCUCCUCCUGCACAGGAAGUCACACCAGCAGGGCAGCACAGACCACCUGGGUCCUCAGAUGGAGAGGGAUUCUUUGGUUCAGUUAAUUCAGGACAGGGAAACAGGAGUCAGGAGGCAGAUGUGUCCAGUCCCCCUGCUUCUGGCUCUAAGGCCAUGCGAGCUCCUGCCUCAGAGCAGAGGUCAGAACGAGGUUCGGCUUCCGGUGAAGUUGCAGGCGAAAGCGAUGAUGAUGACAGUGAGGAAGAUGGCGAUGAUGAUGAAGACUGGGGAAACAGGGCUCCAAGAAGAAGCCUCAGAGAACCAGCCAGAGUACCUGCAGCACGGUCUGGUGCAGCAAGGUCUGGUCCAGCACGUUCCGGUCCGGCACGGUCUGGUGCAGCACGUCAUCCACAACCUCAGCAGCAGCACAUUCCUUCCCUUUUGUCACCUCAGCUCCGCCAACCAACACCACCUCCAUCCCCACCUCCAGAAUUAUCAUUUCCCUUACCUGACACCCCAAAGCAGAGCCCACCUAGUCCCCCUGUUGCCAGGCACUCGCCAAGCUCUUCCAGCUCUGGCUCCUCCAGCAGCGGCAGCCGCAGUAGCAGCCCAGAGCCACAGAGAAGUGGCCAUGCUGACCGUAAGCCAGGUCCUCUUACCCUUCUGGCACGUAAAAUGGAGUCUGAGGGUGCCUUUUCUGGAGGUUGGCACGGUGCUGAUGGUAAAGGUGAUGGGCAAGAUGGCGGUUCACCCUCACUUAUGGCGUUUCCUGGCAAAGGGCCACCAGAUGGUCUAGGGUCUGCCAGUAUAAUUCCAGGCACACAUUCAGCCCACAUCCAAAAAUCUGGGAGAGCACGCAAAACAGCUGCAGCCCAGGAAAGAGAGAGGGAAAGGAUGAUGGAGCUGGAAAGACAAAAGGCACUUGAGCUGGAGAGGCAAGAACAGGAGAUGAUUGAGCAACAGUUGGCUUUAGAGAGAGAAGAGAGAGAAAGGGUCUUGCAGCGAGAGCUUGCUCUUGAAAAAGAGAGACAGGAGCGGGAGGAGGCUUUGGCUAAAGAGAGGGAGGAGCAAGAGAGGGCGAUAGAGAUGGAAAGGCAGAGAGAGCUUGAAAGACGUAGAGCUUUGGAAGAACGUCUGCAGAGAGAGAGGGAAGAGAAGGAAAAACGUGAACGAGAGGAGAUGGAGAAGGCCUUAGAGCUAGAAAGAGCCAAGGAGAAAGAACGGAUAGAGAAAGAACGGGCUCUAGAGCAAGAGAGGUUGGAGAGAGAGCGGGUGUUGGAAGCCGAGAGAAAGGAGAAGGAAAGGCUUGAGAGAGAGAAAGCUCUUGAGCAGGAACGAUUGGAAAAGGAAAGGAUAGAGAGGCAGAAGGCACUGGAGCAGGAACGAUUGGAAAAGGAAAGGAUAGAGAGAGAGAAAGCUCUUGAGCAAGAAAGAAUGGAAAAGGAACGUAUUGAGAGGGAGAAAGCUCUUGAGAAGGAAAGAUUAGAAAAGGAAAAGAGAGAGCGAGAGAAAGCACUGGAGCAGGAACGAUUGGAAAAGGAAAGGAUACAGAGAGAGAAAGCUUUUGAGCAGGAACGAUUAGAAAAGGAAAGGAUUGAGAGGGAGAAAGCUCUUGAGAAGGAAAGAUUAGAAAAGGAAAGGAUAGAGAGAGAGAAAGCCCUUGAACAGGAAAGGUUGGAAAAGGAAAGGAUAGAGAGAGAGAAAGCUCUUGAACAGGAGAGAUUGGAAAAGGAAAGGAUAGAGAGAGAGAAAGCACUGGAGCAGGAACGAUUAGAAAAGGAAAGGAUAGAGAGAGAGAAAGCUCUUGAGCAGGAACGUUUGGAAAAGGAAAGGAUAGAAAGGGAGAAAGCUCUUGAGCAAGAACGCUUGGAAAAGGAAAGAGUCGAGAGCGAGAAAGCUCUUGAGCAAGAACGCUUGGAAAAGGAAAGAGUCGAGAGGGAGAAAGCUCUUGAGCAAGAGAGAGAACAGGCUUUACAGAAAGAAAAAGUAGAAAAAGAGAGGGCUCUAGAGCAAGAAAUGCAGGACAAGGCAAUGGAACAAGAGAAAGAGAGAGGGGGUAGUGUUUCUCCUCCUAGAAGUGGCACUAAGCUGGGUGUCAGUACCCAGGCUGCCCCAGAGCAGCAAAAUGUCCGUACUUCUUUGGCACAGACUGAAGCUCAACCAGCUAAGUCUAUUUCCACAACUGUCUCUCCACAAUCAUCAUUUAAGAAGUCUCGCCUUUUCAGGGACUCUCCAGUACGACCUCAGUCCGGUUCAACCUCGAUUGUUAUUAAGCGGCCUCGUACAUUUUCUGAUACCCCCCAGCCUCGAGCCCCUCUUGCCACCUUACCUACAAGCGCUGGGGAACGUCAGCCAGGACAACACUUGCCAUCAACUGACCAAGAAGACGCACAAAUUCAUUCCAACCAAGAUGUUAGCACUGCACCCGUAGCAUCUACAAGGACUGGUUCUGACAGCCUGAACACCAACCCAACUCCAGCUCACUCAGAUCCUAAAGAAGAAAGGCCCAUGAUGGCGAGAGAAGAGGCUACAUUGCCAAAGACUGCAGAGCCUGUUGAGGGAGAAGAUCAAAGCAUAGAUUCUUCAAUCCCUGAAGGAAAGCAGGACAGAGAAGCAAAUAAAGAAGGAAAAAAAGUACGACGGAGAUCUUUAUCGGAUGAUUCCUCUUCCUCAGAUUCUGAUUCCUCAUCAUCACGGUCAUCUGGUUCAUCGUCAUCUUCUCAAGACCAACCAGUCUCCACCUCAAGGAGUAGACCGGUAAGCCCUCCAAAUUCCAACUUUUUAAAACAAGCUGCUGAGGAAACAAGAAAAGAGGAAGCAAACAGGAAGAGAAAACACAGCGAGAAAGAAGAAGAAAAAGAACCAGAGGGGCAGGAGACAGAGGCUCCCACUACAGAUCCAGAGAAGCAUUCAGAGUCCAGUGAGGAGAUACCAAAGGCUUUCUCCUCACGAAAGAUCUCUCUUAGCAGCAGUAAGCCGUCACCAGGCAGCACGGAGGCCGAGCACGAGUCUGGGGCCGGGGCAGGUCGCAAAAGGAGGUGGGGCUCCAGCACAGCCGUCACUGCCAAAAAACCCUCCAUUAGUAUCACCACCGAGUCACUCAAGUCCCUGAUUCCUGACAUCAGGCCGCCUGUCGGUCAGGAUGCUGUUGUAGAUCUUCAUCCUGAGGAAGCUGCUCUGUCCGGUACCGAGGAGGAAGAGCGGGAGCGCUCUGACCAGGACCUUCAGAUCCGACGCACCGUCACACAGGUGGUGCCCGCUGAAAGCCAAGAAAAUGGCCAAAAAGAAGCAAAGAGAAUAAGGCGGGAAGACUUUGAGGAAGAUGAUUCUCAGGUAGAAGGGGGAAGUAUCACAGCCCAUGAGGAGCAGAUGGACACCUCUCUCCCAGCAGCUGUGGAAACUCAGUCACCAACACUACCAAGCCAAGAUACCGAAAGCAACACUGUGACACCCAGCGACACCCUCAUUCGACGCUCCAUCAGCCAGCAGAAAACGGGUGUCUCCAUCACUAUCGAUGACCCUGUCCGCACAGCGACGCAGCCAUCACCACCGCGAGGCCAAGCCUCCAACAUUGUUCACAUCUGGAACCUGGUGAGGCCGUUCACACUGGGACAGCUGAAGGAACUGCUAAGCAGAACUGGCACCCUGGUGGAGGAUGGCUUCUGGAUAAAUAAAAUCAAAUCCCACUGCUAUGUUACUUACUCUACUAUUGAAGAGGCAGUCGCUACACAGGCAGCUCUUCAUGGAGUGAAAUGGCCUCAGAGCAACCCAAAGUUUCUUAGAGUAGACUUCUGCCAGCAGGAGGAGUUGGACCACCAGAGAAACCCCUCGAUGGCCGUGGACAGACCUGCAGGAGAGGACACAGGACCUGCCCCAGUGCGUGGACGAACAUCAGGGCCGCCACCUCUCCUCCCCGAGCGGGACCAGUGGGCCGAGCGUGAGCGUGAGAUGGAGCGCAGGGAGCGUGCCCGAGCAGAGCGGGAGUGGGAUCGAGACAAGGUUAAAGAGUUUGGGAAAACCGAAGGUGAGAAGGAGGGAGGCUCACGAAGAUCACAAUCCAGAGAGAGACGGCGAAAGGAGAGGGCAAAGAGCAAGGAGAAGAAGAUGGAAAAGAAAGCCGAAGAUCCCCCCGCAAAGCUGCUGGAUGACCUGUUCCGCAAAACUAAAGCCGUUCCCUGCAUUUACUGGCUUCCUCUCACAGAGGAACAGUUUGUGCAGCGAGAAGCUGCCCGAGCAAAAGAGACGAAAGAGCGCGAGGAGCGGAGGAAAGAACGCGAGAAGAGAAGAAAACAGGAAGAAGAGGAGGAGGAGAAGAAAAGGGAGGAGGAGCGCAAGGAGAGAACGAAAGCAGCCGCCGCCUCGGCAGAAAACCGGAGUGAGGGUGAGAAGGACAAGGGCCGGGAGAGGGACAGAGACCGGGGUAGAGACAGGGAAAGGGACAGAGACAGGAACAGGGAGAACGACAAACGCAGGGAAGGGUACCGUAGGCCAGGGGGCAGCGGAGCGGGAUCCAGCCGGCGCUCCCGCAGCCGGAGCGAACCAAGAGAAAGGAGGCGCUGAUGGAACUGUCAUGGAGUCCAUCCUCCUGCAUUUUGCCUUUCACUACAUGUACUUUGUUACAACAAAGACCCAACAGAGGACCAACUGAUGUCAUUUCCAUCUCUCAUAAAGGCCCCCCCCCCUUAUUUUUUAAAGCACAUCUGUGCCGACCGUCAUGCGUACGGAGAACACGAUGAUUGCAGUGUUGUUUUCCAGAGUGUCCCAGCCAUUUUCUUCAUGCCUUUUCCCGUCUUCUCUUUCAGUUUUUGUUCUGAUUGCGUAGCAGAAAGGCACACUGGACAGUUUAAAACUACUACAAAAUCCACUUUCUCUUCAAAGUGUAGAUGCUGAUCAUAAUUUUUAGCAGUGGUUGACUCCUCUGGGAGGUGAGCAUCCUGCGAUGUGCUGAGAACCUCUUUUGUUGCUGCAUGUAGUACUAAGCUACUUCUGCCAGUCCUGCCUAAAGAGAAAAUUUAUUUGUCUGCGCAGAGGCUUGCAGGAAUUAAAAAAAAAAAUAUAGAAAUCCAUGUUUGGCAUUUUGUACAGACUUAAAAUAUCUGCAAAAUCAAGUCUUUAAAUAAGGCAGCUCUGGAUUAUUUUUCACUUAUUGUAAAAACUACUAAGACAAUGCAGUGUUCCUGUUUCUCUGUUAAGAGAUGAGAAAGUUCUCUGUGGGAGAGAAUAUGUCACAACUAACUCGAGUUUUGAUUUUGUCCUUGUUGAUCCUGCUUUCAUCUUUCUCUCCUCAAUCCGAUUCUCUUAACCUGACCUGUCAACGCAGGUCCCCCCCACCCCACCCACCCACCAGAGAGGAGAGUGCAUUAUACGUUUCCCACCAAUGGUUUUAACUUUGUUUUUUAAAUCGUUAUUUUAUCAUU